GUUUGCAAUUACGCAUGCGCAGUUCCACAUGUAUUGUUGCGGGAAGCAUUGGCUUGUGAAAUAGUUCCCUUGAUCAAGCCAACAUCAGAGAAGCAUAAUUUAAUUAAGAUGUCAUCAGAGACACCAGGGAAACCUGCCCUAGAAACUCCUGAUAUUAAGCCUUCAUUGACAACACAAUCAGAAGCAAGUUCUGUUCCAAGUAGUCUGCCUUCUACGACUCCUGCACCUAGCGCACCAAAGUCACAGUCACAACCUCUGAAACCAAAUUACUCCCUCAAGUUUACAUUAGCUGGUCAUACAAAAGCAGUUUCGUCUGUCAAGUUCAGCCCAAGUGGAGAAUGGCUUGCAAGUUCAUCUGCUGAUAAACUUAUAAAGAUCUGGGGUGCGUUUGAUGGCAAAUUUGAAAAAACUGUUAGUGGUCAUAAAUUGGGCAUAUCUGAUGUAGCUUGGUCAACAGAUAGUAAACUAUUGUGUAGUGCUUCCGAUGACAAAACAUUGAAAAUAUGGGAUUUUGCCACGGGCAAGUGUAUGAAGACUUUGAAAGGCCAUAGUAACUAUGUGUUCUGUUGUAACUUCAAUCCCCAGUCUAACCUUAUUGUCUCAGGAUCUUUCGAUGAAAGUGUACGUAUAUGGGAUGUGAAGACUGGCAAGUGUUUGAAGACACUACCUGCUCACUCUGACCCAGUUACAGCAGUGCAUUUUAACAGAGAUGGUUCUCUUAUUGUAUCAAGCAGUUAUGAUGGUUUAUGUCGUAUAUGGGAUACAGCAUCAGGGCAGUGUUUGAAAACAUUGAUAGACGACGACAACCCGCCUGUAUCAUUUGUAAAAUUCUCACCUAAUGGAAAAUAUAUUCUAGCAGCUACAUUAGACAACACAUUAAAACUAUGGGAUUACAGUAAAGGAAAAUGUUUAAAAACAUAUACAGGACACAAGAAUGAAAAAUAUUGCAUAUUUGCCAAUUUCUCAGUUACUGGUGGAAAGUGGAUAGUGUCUGGGUCAGAAGAUAACAUGGUGUAUAUCUGGAAUUUACAGACUAAAGAAAUUGUGCAAAAACUACAAGGUCAUACAGAUGUAGUGUUAUGUUGCGCUUGUCAUCCAACAGAAAAUAUCAUAGCUUCAGCCGCAUUAGAGAACGACAAAACUAUAAAACUGUGGAAAAGUGACGUAUAGCAUACGUAUGAUAAUCUCAUUGUGUCAUAACUUACAUUGGGCAGCUGUUUCAGCAGCCAUCCAUAAACAUCACAGUCAUCAUUCUGAAAUUCAUUCAGCAGUGUGACGAAAUUCAGAGUGCAGAGAGGUGGAUAUGGAUAGACUAUUGUGCUCAAAAUCUCAUGCUUCACUUGAUACUCUCAUUCUGAAGGAUAAAUAUUUCCUUUUCUUUCGCAAAGGAAAUUUAACAUUUCAUGGUUGAAUUUAUUAAGGAUGCACUUUCUGUUUCAAGCCACGUUUCUAAGGACAGAAUCAAGAUAAAAGUGAAAACUCUGUAAUUUGAUUUUGUGUUGACAAACAGUGGCCUAUAUUGUAUUUUGACUAUACUGUUCUACGGUCCUGUAUGCCAGCAGAACUAAACAAGUUGAAAGUCUAAACAUUUUGGUUUCAAAUGGAGUGUACUGACAAUUUGGUAUAUUUGUUUUUGUUACUACUGUCCUUAAAGGAAUUAAGGCAAAAAUGAGAACACAGCCUGCUCCAUUACAAUUUUGGCUUUUGAAAAGAUGUUCUAUAAAUGUUUAUUCAGGUUCAGGAGUGAACAAGUCCUUUGAAUGAUGAUGAUUGAAUGAAUGAUUUUUUGGGACAGCUUGUACAUGUAUAUGAAACAAAUUGAAACCAUUGUCUUAACCUUGCAUUAUGAUAAGGCAUGACAAAUAGAGUCUAAACACUUGGUUUCGCUUUAGCUCUAUGAUUCCAGCAGAUGUAUAAGUUUUGAUUCCAAAUCUUUCAUUUAAUUUCGAUGUAAAGGAUAUAUGAAACCAAAAAUUCCAGUCCUGUUUGACACCAGUAUAACCUAUGCUGUGUUGGUGUGCUAUAAAAUACAAAUCAAAUCAAAUCAGCAGUAACUUGAUUGUUGCAAAGGUAAACAAAGUUAUACAUGGAUACGGUAUUUUUUGAGUUAUUUUUUGGUAACUGUAAAACUGUAUUGUGUACAUUUAGAGCGACAAAAUGACCAUUAGUCAUUACAGUAUUGUAGAAGAGUGGGUUGUAAAACGGACUUUGACAUUUCUUUGCAUAAGUAUUAAUGUACAGUCUGUGGAAUUAAUAAAUAAGGGACUUUGCCAUUUAGUUCAUUCAGUCAGUAAAAUUUGUAUAGUAUUUUUGUACAUUAAAUGUUGUUGUUUUUUUGGGUCAUCUUGUUUCGUGCAAUGUGUGGUAAUACUGUUAUACUUUAAAAGAUGUACUAUGCUCAUACAUCACCAAGAUAAUUUACCAUUAAGAUAGUGUUGUAUAUCUAGAAAAUCCUCAUUAAAUGUAUUCAGUUUUACUAUAAACUGUGUGUGUAAAGUUGCGAUUACAAUUAAAUGGCAUUAAAAAAAACCUGCGGCAAUUUGUGAAUCAAACUGCCAUUUUUCAGUGGCACUGCAUAUUCUCAAUGUUUACUUACGCACUUUUUUUGUUUUAAGUAUUUGAAAGCUAACACGCAAUACUGCUGAUAAAAACUUUUUGUACAGUAAUUAUUCAAAUGUAUUAAAUUUGGGUAUAAUAUAUCUUUAAUUACAUGCUAUUUUGAGAAUAUACCUACCAGGUAUGUCAAGGAAGUAUGUCUUAGUUCUGUAGAAAGUUUUUGAAUUCUUUUAGGAAAACCAAUACAUGCAUCUGUUAAGCAUUUGUUAAGGUAACUGUUUGUUUUUUCCUUUAAUGUCUUUGUUAAGUAGUUUCAUAAGUUAUUUUUCCACUUUUUCUUUAGAAAUAAAUUACACUUUUGUUUCAUAUGUUCAGAUAACUAAAGUUUAAAGGGCAAGGAAUGCCUGACAUUAAGUUAAUUGUGUUUUAUGUGUAUUUAUGACGUCAUUUACACUUGUGAAUUCUUUAUUUCGCAAAUAACCUUUAAAUUAGAAUUAUUUUAUAUGUUUCUUGCAUGUAAGAUCAUUAAUGAAAAAAGUUGAGAUUUUUUUUUUACAGAAAUAAGUAAAUACAGUUCGGAUAUGUAUCUAAAAAUAAAGAAAAUCCAGCAUUUUGUUUUUUGUUAACAUGAAAACAAAGUGGCCGCCAUUUUGAUCAAAUAUUUAAAUGCUAAUAACUUGUCAUUUAUAAGCCUAUUUUGAAAAUUCUUCCAUUUUGUUAAAUGAUUUAAAAAUUCCUAGCAGACUGAAUUAAUAUAAAAACAGCAUUUCCUUUUAAAAUACAGAUAUUCUACUUGAUUUCUGUCACAUGGUUUGAAAUUACAAUUUGAAAGGAAACAUCUAUGGUUUCCAGACAGCAAAUAUUAGGAAUGGAAGCCAUCAAAAUUUAUGGCCUGACAAGUCGGGCUAGUUUUGAAUUAAAAUGAAAGUGUUCUGAAUCUGUCACAAUUUUCCAAAUUUAGUAAUUAGUACAGAUAGCCCAGUCAUUGUUUAAUCAUUAUUGAAAUCAGGUAUGUCACUUAAACUUUAGUCAAACUUCGCUCCAACAGCUCGCUUUUUAUACACCCGUUUGAAAAACGGGACGUAUUAUGGGAACGCCCCUGGCGGACGGGUUGGCGGGCGGGCGGGCGGCGUCCACAGACCUUGUCCGGAGCAUAUCUUCUACAUGCAUGAAGGGAUUUUGAUGAAACUUGGCACAGUUGUUCACCAUCAUGAGACGGAGUGUCAUGCGCAAGAACCAGGUCCCUAGGUCUAAGGUCAAGGUCACACUUGGAGGUCAAAGGUCAAAUUCAAGAAUGACUUUGUCCGGAGCAUAUCUUCUUCAUGCAUAGAGGGAUUUUGAUGAAAGUUGGCACAAUUGUUCAUCAUCAUGAGAAGGAGUGUCAUGCGCAAGAACCAGGUCCCUAGGUCUAAGGUCAAGGUCACACUUAGAGGUCAAAGGAUACAAGAGUGAAAACUUUGUCCGGAGCAUUUCUUCUUCAUGCAUAGAGGGAUUUUGAUAUAACUUGGCACAAAUGUUCACCACCAUGAGGCGGAGUGUCAUGCGCAAGAACCAGGUCUCUAGGUCUAAGGUCAAGGU